GUUAAUUUAGCUGACCCGGAUGCGGAAGCGAUUUCUCCAACGGAUAUUACAUUGAAUCUGAGGUCAGGCGUUCUCUUUCACAGCCAUCUUGGAAAUAGCGUCCUGAGUUGCGACCAUGCCUGGCGAAGCAACAGAAACGGUCCCAGUCACCGAGCAGGAGAUGCAGCAGCCUCAAGCGGAGACUGCUCCGCCUCCUGCCCCAGCUUCUACCCAGCAACCUCAGGUAGCUUCUGGCCCCGCAAAGGCCAAAGGCAAAGAUGCCAAGAGUGGACAGGGUUCUUCUGCCCCAAAGGCUGUACCUGGCAGAAGAAAACGUUCCUCUAUGUCUGCCUCUUCCUCCUCACCCACUUCACCUAAAUCUACUCCCUCCUCUACUCCUCGGUCACCCGUGGUGUCACCUUUGGCAUCACCUUUAGCAUCACCUUUAGCUUCCUCAGCCAGUAGCUCCCCUGCCAAUCGUUCUGCCCCAAAAGUGGUUAAGGCUGGCAAACAAGGAAAGGCUAAGAAAGGAGAGGCAUUUGAGCCUGCUCCUGUCCAGGUAGACCACAAAGUCCCAGAGGUAAAGGAAAAGUCAGAGGAACCUAACUUGAAGAAAUCUAUGACUACUGAAGCUAAAGUUGUCCCAGUUGAGACAAAAUCUCAGCCACCCCCUGCAUUUAAAGUCACCCCAAAGCCUGCUGUUGCAGCACCAAUUUCAUUCUCUGAUACUCUUGCUUCAAGCCCACCAAAAUCUGGUGAUAAGGUUGCUUCCGCAAAACCUGUAUUGUUUAUGGUCGAUGAUGAGCUUCCUCCACUUAUCCCACCUGAGAAGCUUGGUAAAAUGCAAGUCUCUGCACCUCCUGUUGCCAAAGAGAGUGCAAAAGCUGCUUUGUCUCCUUCUGAGCCUAGACCUAAAGGGGUUACUUCUGCUCCUCCAGAGGAGAGUAAAGCCAAGAUGGGUACUGAACCCAAACCUUUGCCUGUCGAAGCUCCUAAGGCAGCUGCCCAAGUGAAAACUGUAACUCAGGAGGUCAUUAAGCCUUCUCCUACAGAUUCCAAGGCUAAAUCUGCUGCUGGCAAGACUGGCCAAGACAAAACUGCUGCUGCUGUGAAGCCAGCAGAUGAGACCAAAUUGAACUCUAACACAGGUCCUAAACAGGUUGAGAAUAUUAGGGCCUCACCUCCUAAAGUUACCAAGCCAAAUGCUGGUGUAAAGUCAACCCCUUCUGAGGUUACCAAACAAGCACCCGAAAAGGGUGUUGUGAUAGUUAAUAAGGCUCAGUCGGUUGACAUGAAGGCAACAGCUGCUGAGGCCCCCAAACAAGCCAAACCAAUAGCUGCUGAGGCACCUAAAGCAGAUUCUGAGACUCCUAAACUGGCCAAACCAACCGAGGAACCCAAGAAGGCCAAAGCCACCUCCACCGAGGCACCUAGACCAGCCCUGGAAGUGGCCAAGCAGGCGGUCACCGAGACACCCAAACAGGCUAAGCAGGCAGCCCCAGAGGCGUCCAAACAGGCUAAGCAGGCAGCCCCAGAGGCGUCCAAGCAGGCUAAGCAGGCGUCCCCCGAGGCACCCAAACAGGCUAAGCAGGCGUCCCCCGAGGCGCCCAAACAGGCUAAGCAGGCGUCCCCCGAGGCAGCCAAGCAGGCAAAGCAGGCGUCCCCCGAGGCAGCCAAGCAGGCAAAGCAGUUGGCUUCAGACCCCUAUAAAACAGCUGAGGCUUGUCCAUUGGCCAAAGCAACAGCCCCUGACGGUGCAGGCCAAACCAAGCAAGUCAAACCAACUGCUGCUGAAGCACCUAAACCAGCUCCUGAGAGUCCUAAAACAGCAAAACCGAAGGCUGAUGAGUCACCUAAACAAGCCAAGCAAACUACUGAAGUCCCCUCAAAACCUGCUCCAGUUGAGCCUAUUGUUCCGCCCCCUGCCACACGUAAACUUACUUUUGCCGAAGCAGUGGCAAAACCUGCACCUGUCAAGCCUGAAGCUGAUAAAAUCAGCACUGCUCCCUCUAAUCAUGUCAUAUCAUCUAAACCUGUCGAAACCCCAGCCAAGAUGGAAUCUGUGAUCAAGGACGACAAUGGAUCUGGCACAGAGUCGGACAGUGAUGACUCAGUUCCUGAGCUGGAAGAACAGGACUCUGCACAGACACAGACACAACAAGCUCAGCUUGCAGCAGCUGCUGAAAUAGACGAAGAGCCUGUAAGCAAAGCCAAACAGAGCCGCAGUGAAAAGAAGGCACGAAAGGCGAUGUCAAAGCUUGGACUCAGGCAGGUAACAGGGGUCACCAGGGUCACCAUUCGCAAAUCAAAGAACAUCUUGUUCGUCAUCACCAAACCAGACGUCUACAAGAGCCCUGCGUCAGAUACAUACAUCGUCUUCGGUGAAGCUAAGAUUGAAGAUCUUUCGCAGCAAGCCCAGCUGGCUGCAGCAGAAAAGUUCAAGGUACAGGGAGAAGCUACAGCAAAGAUCCAGGACAACACGCAGACGCCCACAGUACAGGAGGAAAGCGAAGAGGAAGAGGUUGAUGAGACCGGAGUCGAGGUGAAAGACAUCGAACUCGUCAUGUCACAAGCCAACGUGUCGCGGGCAAAGGCUGUACGCGCCCUGAAAAACAACAACAACGACAUUGUCAACGCUAUUAUGGAGUUGACGAUGUAACGGGAUCCUGUCAACAAAGAGUUGACGAAAGGUUGCUGAUUAAAUCUGAGCUCAUUUAUACAAUUUAUACCAAGAUGGAAAUAAAGUUGUGGCUUGAUGAAAUUAAAAUCUGGCAUUUAUUGAGACUCUUGGGGAAAUGAGGGGAAUUUCACCUGAUUCAGUGUUAAAAUAAAGACUUAUAGUACUUUUGUUUUUUCCACUGGUGAAGUAUUUGUCCUUGUACAAUGAUGAAGUCCAAAUUAGUUGUAAUAAAGGCUUUAAAAGUACAUUUUUCAGAGUGAUGAGCAGGAAGAGUUGCCGCUGUAACAUUACACCACCCUCCAGAUGAGGAGAAUAUCGUGUCCUUUGCUGUUUUAUUCACCUCUGUCUGUAUUUGGCUUAUUUAUUUACACCUCAAAGACUAAAUGAGUUUUUAAUGUCCUGAUAUGUAAAACAAUAGAAUUAAAACUUGGUGUACUCACAUUUUUA